AUGUUGACGAUUGCAUUUUUAGUGAUUAAUUUACGCGAUAUAAUUAUGACUGGAAAUGCUCCCAUCACAGAACAAGAUGAAGACGAAGCAUCUCAUGAAGCACAACAGGGAAGAGAUUUAUUAAAUGACUUUUUAUCUAUUCUUGAAACAUUACGCCAGUUUGUAUUAUUGCAUUCUAAACAUCCUGUGGAAGAGAGUGGAGAAAAUAAUGAUGAUAGUUACAACACAGAACUUAGUGAUAUAGCUAACAGAUUGUCAGAUGAAGCUCAAAAUUUGUUGGAAUUAGCAUCUGAGAACUCAAAAGAAACACUAGAAAUAUUACAAAAAGUCAUAGUUCAAUAUGCUAAUAUUUUGUCUAUCAACAAUUGUGAUUCUGUAUUAGAUCAUGAAGAUUUAAUUGCUUUUGUUGGAGCAUUAAACAAUGUUACAUACACAAUUGAUUUUAACAAUUUACUUGAAAACGAUUACGAUUUUGCACGGAAAAUAUUCUAUUCGUCAUUUGAUAUUUGCUCUUUACCGGGAUUUAUGGAAUUCUUACAAAAUCAAUGUUCAAUUCAGUUGGCGACAACAUGGGCAAGAUUAUUAACUGUUCUUCUGUUAACCAGUCAACAAGCAGCGGGUUACGUAACAUUCGUUAAAAAUGAUCUUAAACAACAAGAACCAUUACUAAAAGUAAUUGCGAAAUAUAUUGAUGAUUUUUUUGUUGCGGGUGCUGGUACAUUGGCUUCACUGAUUUCAACAAUGGACAAUCCGUUACCGUCUCAGGGACUAAACACAGAUGCACUUUUAAAUCUGCUUUGGACGCUAUGUGAUAAAACAAUAUUGGUGCCAAAUUUUAUAAAUACUAACUAUCAUGAACUCACUCUCAAAUGGAUUAACAUGGAAUGUUUACAGUACGAAUAUCAACGACCUGUCAUUAGUAUCCUCCAUAAUUUGGCACGACAUGAUCGUGGAGCUGAUGCUCUGACCAAAUGCAAUGCUAUACAAGUAUUAGGAGAAUUUAAGAAAAGAGUCUUAGAUCCAGAUCAAGAACUAUAUCCAGAAAUGAAUCUACUUUAUUGCAUGACUAUUUCUCUUUUGAGUGAUCCUAAAGAGAAUAAGGGAGAUGCAAAGUCUAUGCAUAAAAUAUUAGAUAAACUAUUACAGACAGCAAUGGAUGCAUCACAAACAAAAAAUUUUAAAUCUGGCGGAUUUCAUAUCUCCGAACCGAUCAUUGUACUCACAAAACUAUCAGUUCAUGAUGAAAUUUUGAAAUAUAUCUUAAACGAAGCUCGAGUGAAUAAACCAUCUUCAAUAACAUCGGUUGUACAAUUUUUUUGUGAGGUUUUAAUGAGAUUCCGUGGAGCUUUAGCUAACGAUGAUGAAUACGAACAAAUAACGUUGACAGCUGUGUUCAAUAUUGUGUGGAGUAUAUCAUUUCAUGAUGAAUAUGUUGACGAAUUAAAAUCGAACUCGAAAUUUAUGCUUACACUAAAAAGUUUAAUAAAUGAUGACGGUGAAGCUCUAGUUGAUCAAUACGUCCCACAGCAUAUGUCAUCUGUUAAAAAAGCAGGCAAUGGAAUUCUCUGGAAUCUGGACGAAAAUAAUCCAGCAAGAACUGGACAAUCUACAACCACACCUGCUGGAAAUUUGCCUGCAUGUGAACCACAAGUUACAUCAGGAAAGAACAAUCGCAGCUUGGUAAUGGUCAGUUAUUCACACGCUGACACAAAGUUUUGUCAGCAGUUGGUCAAUGCACUGAAAAAAGACAACAGAUUUGAUAUUUGGGUGGAUUUUGCUUAUUGUCAUACCGAAGAUUUAUGGGAAGAAAUCGGACAAGCAAUUGAGAAAGCGGAUGUCGUUCUAUUUUUAAUGACAAAGGAUUAUUAUGACAGUAAAUCUUGUCGUCAAGAAGUCAUGUAUGCUAAAGAUUCAUUAAAAAAACGUUUUAUUCCAAUUUAUGUACAAAAAGAAUUUGUUGCAACCGGAUGGUUGGGUAUACGAGUUGUGGGGCCACAGUAUAUUCGUUUUGGGAAAAAACCAUUUGACGAUACCGUUCCAGAAUUAAUUGAACUGAUUCUAGACGAUGUUAAAAAUGAAAAGGUAGCGCCACCCGUUCAUAAUGAAAAACCACAAAAAUCAGUUACUGAUGACACAACACAUCCGGUGGUUGAUGAUAAGUUAACAACACCAUUACAAAAAGCUUCACAAAAAGAACCAGAAAAACAGGAUGAAGAUAAUGUGAAAAUGAACAAUAAUAUCAAACUGCAAUCAAAAUCAAUUGAUAAAUGGAGCUCAGAAGAAAUCAGUCUUUGGUUUAGAGAAAAUCAUAUUCGCUCAGAAUUGAAAGAUUUGUAUGAAUUUUACUCUGGACAUGAUCUUCUUUUUUAUGCUGAAGGAUUAAAGCCCGACUGGCAACAGGAAUAUGCUGACAUACGCGACCGAUACUCAAAGAAAUACGAUAAACCAUUGUAUAGAGAUCAAUUUGUUUUACUUGUGAGUGCCAUGCAUCGUUUACAAACGCAAUAUGAACCAAAACCAAAUCAAAAUCUUAAAACAAAAAGCUCAAGUACGUGUGCUAUUAUCUAA